UCACCCGAGAGGGCCUGCCUGGAGUCUCCCACGUGGAGAGAGGAAGUUUGGAGGGAAGUCAAUCGGGGAAAUGGCGGCGCCGGUCGCUGAGGGAGAGGCGGAACGGAAUGAAGCGUCCCAGCAGGUUGGGAAGGCAGAAGAAGCCGCUGCCUUGGAGGAAAGAGGCUCAAGGAUGCGUCGGGCAGCCCCUUCGGGAGAGAAGCGGAAGGAGGCGCCAGCCGUCCCCAGAGGGAGGCCGAAGUCAGGCCGAGUGUGGAAGGACGCCAGCAAGAAGCGGUUCUCCCACAUGACUAAGGACAAGCCUUUGCGUACCUCCUGGGAACGCAAGAUGAAAGAACGUCAGGAGAAGAAAUUAGUGAAAGACUUUGCUCGACAGUUGGAAGAGGAAAAGCAGAGAGAGCGUGAGGAGAAAAAGCAGCGAAGGAAAGAGAACUUAAAAAGACGGCUAGAAAAUGAGCGAAAAGCAGAAGUAGUGCAAGUGAUUCGGAACCCAAUAAAGCUGAAGCGUGCAAAGAAAAAGCAAUUGCGCCGCAUCGAGAAGCGAGACACACUGAAACUUCUGCAGAAACAGCAGGCACAACAUAAAGCAGCCAAGGAAUAAGAACUUGAUGGGAAGUGAUCCCUCCUUUGGACAUAUGGAAUUGAUUUCCUGGUAGAGACAUAAAUCAGGGUCCUGCAUCCAUUGCAGUGGGGACGUUGGAUGCACUGGUGGCAUUUACCUGGUUUCUCUUGCCACUGAAAAAUCAAUUCUUCAAAAAAGCAUCUGCCUCGCAUCUAGCUGAAAUUCCUCUUUGCUUUUUCUUGGUGUCGGUGAUGCAGUCUGCAGCAGGCUGAACUUUAAAAAUCUUAUUAAAGACACUUAAAUCCCAGAAGGUAGCUGAAAUGGAGGAGAGCUUUGAAGGACUUUUUUAGGAUAUCUAGCUUCCAGACUUUUGUAAGUGUGACAAUGAAAGUGUGGAUUAAACUUAAUAUUUGUGUAUACCUGUGACACAAGAAAACAA